AUGGCUCAUGGAUCGGGCAGACUCCCCUGGGAUCUGAUAGCCUCCAAUCUGGAAUGGCGUCUCGGUAGCUCAGACGCUUGCAAAUGCAAAAGAACACGCCUACACUCUCGCAUGAGAAGCACACAAAGCGAGGAUAUGACGGCGUUCGCCAAAGCAUUUGCAAAGGCCAUAGACGAGGACGCAAUUCGUGAGAGAGCGAAAUACCCUCAAUACGAGGCUCCUCAUCCUGAAGACAUCAUUAUCGCAGAGAGCCUGGCCACGAGGAUAGAACACGAGGCCGUUGAAUGGUUGGUUGGAGAUCAACGACAACCAUUGAGACGCCGAUAUGCAAAAGAGAUGAGAAAGGCAUCUGCAUUUCUUAUAUUGCCAGGGAGCAACGGCUGCUACGACUUUGAUCAAGUGAAUGGCAAAGGAUUUACUGCCCUGGAAGCGCUCAAGCUAUUGAUAAUCCACAAUGAAAUGGAACCGGUUCUACGAGUGUGCGCACACAAGGAUAUCGCCCUGUUUGGAUGGAAGGACGUCCGACCAUGUUCUUGUGUCAUGGGAUCGGACAGCGGAUGGGACAAGCUCUACGAGACGGUGCUACGCGUGUACCUUGUUCUCAACGUAGCCUAUUGCUUUCCCCUUACCUGGGAUCCGAUGGCGGGAAAGACGCCUGAGAACGAUUAUCGCCACUCCUCUUCAUAUCAGAUUGCACUCAGGUGGUCUUGUACUCGGCCUCUCAUGUCGCCAGUCAUGUCCAAUUUGUUCCAAAAAUUCUACGGAAUCUCCAAUCACCACUUUUCCGGCAUUCUAGGGGAAAUCUGGGUGGACGACCCGGAGCGCUGGCGUGGGAAGCUGGAGAUGACCGACGACGGAGAGAUGGAGCGGUUCCCUUAUGGUCUUUUGCCUUUCGAGGACUUCAUCACUCUGGAAGAACGCUUCCUUCCAUACAUGCCCAAUGAGGUCGAUUGUAGAAAAGUAGGGAGCAUGCUGUGUCAUUUCCUACCGCCAGAGUUGGCUCUGCAAACCAUGGAACUGGCAGAUUACAAAGGGGAAAGAGUGCUCCCAAUACCUCACGACCCAUUGCAUCCACUAAACAAGAAGGUACUGGUUGACCAGCUCGAUCAUCUUUGGCAAAUAAUGGUUUGUUGUCAGAUGGUAGUAAAGGAGAUUGGGUCAAAGACUCGCAACACACGUGGCUACAAACCCCUUGCCUGGGAAAAGGAAGUGCCGGACACUCUUGAGGGAUUCUGGGGAUCAAGGAACUGCGAGGACGGCGAGGACGACGAGGAUGACGAAGAUGAAGAGAACAGCGAGGACUGA